AUGAACCCUACCAGCACAAGACACCCCUCAGAAAAGUCAUCUGCGACUGAAACCUCCGCUCGCCGUGCCUCGUCCUCGACCCGUCGCAAGCCCACCUCCACCACCUUCUCCCUCGCACCCAUGACUACAACCACCGUCGUCACCACCACUACAACAACAUCAACAGAAUACCCGCCACUCUACUUCAAGCCUCCCCCAAUACCCGCCAACCUCGACCCAAAGAUCUUUCCUCUCGCUGAUACCCCCACCCCGCCCGCCUUGAAAAAGUUUUGCUUUGAUCUCAAUGGACAGCCAACCUUUUUAAGGGAGAGCCAGGAGAACGAACACAGCAUGGGCCAGCUGGAGGAUGCCUUAUUCAACCUCAGUGCGUCGGCGCACCAACGAGCACUCAAAUCGGCUUCAGAGCACAGCAGCUCCCACCCAGCAGUCAACAGCAACGCACACAAUUCGAGCCAGCGACUGGAACUGCAUGGACAGGACGAUUUUUCAAUGACAAAGGAGACGGUGCGCGGGAACGGACACGACCAAUCGACCAUGACGACUAUCACUCGCAAGUCUGUGGAACAUCCUCGGCGUGGACUCGCUGUUCCGAACUGGCGCUCUCGCGAGGGGUGCCGUGCCAAGAAACGCCCAGCCUCACCCAUCACCCCCGGCGGCUCAGUAGAUGUAUCAAUGCCCCAGCCUCUGUUGGGCGCCACUGCCCCAUCAAACCUGAUCUCGCCAUCAUCAUCCUCCAACCCUAUGUCCAAGGAUGAGGCUGCUGAUGCCUACUUCUUGGACAGGACUUCACCCCCGCACAAGAAGUCCAAGCGACCAUGGACAAACUCCCCUCUUCACACCCAAACUACUGGAGCACCAGCAACAGCGUCUGCCUCAGAAACAUCGUCUGCCAGUCAAACUGGCCGGAAAUUAGCAGCUUCUGUUUCAGCUCCGUCCUUUGCCGAUUUCGCAACUCCCGCCGCUCCUAGCCGCUCUAGGAUCUCCGAGCGUGCGAGGGAACUCUCUGCUCACGUUGCAGAUCUUAGGGGAGCCAUUGACCCUCUCGGUCUUCCCUCACCGUCGCUCUCUCCUACGGCGCUGACCCAGGUCUCAUCUGCCGGCUCGAGCUCCGAUGGUAUCCUGACCAGAAGACGUCACAAGACUGUCCCAACCACGUUUGAUCAUGAAGAUGCACACCAGGAGGGGGAGGGUGAAGAUGAAGAGAUCUAUACCGAGGACGAUGAGGAAAUCGAUGGAGAGAUGGAUAUCGAACGAUCUCUGCAACAGGCCGGUGUCGGGCAAACUUCAACCUUGCUGGAUCUGCCUGCUAUGAUUGCGACCUUUGACGCCCUUCCCUCGAGUCUGCAGUCGUACAUGCUUUUCCACUUUCUUCGUCGCAGCCCUGCGCCCACUCUUCAGUUUGUGAGCUCCAUCAUCCUGGCAACCAUGAAGCAAGACUUUUUAUCGCUCUUGCCCAUCGAACUGAGCCGCAACAUUCUCCGCUUCUUGGACGGUCGCAGUCUUUGCAAGGCAGCCCAGGUUAGCAAGCAGUGGCGUGUUGUUGUCGAUUCUGACGCCCAUAUCUGGAUGCACCAGUUCCAGAGAGAGGGAUUCGUCUUAGAGGAACGUGAGGAGGAAGACGCGUUUACCCAGAAGCUCGGUAUCGAUGGUCAUUACGGAGUCCGCCCCAACUAUCAGGAAAGGAAGCUGCAGGCCAAGAAGAGGAUGAUCAAAGGCAAGGGUCGUCUGAACCACGCAAUUGUUCGCCCCACAGAUUUGCCAGAGUCGCCUCUUUACCCAAACGACGUGACAAUGGACGAGGUAGAUCAAUCUGCUGGACAGCACGAUGCGGCCAACAAGGUUCGUGGUUGGGACAGCGACACUGCAGAGGAGGAUAUUGAUAUCAAACAGGAGGAUGAGGAGGCAUUUAUGACGCCUGAUGCAGCACCGCCAUCCCCAACCACCAGUCUUACAGGACGAUUCAACGAUGUAGAUUCGGAGGAUGAGACCAUGGAUCAGGACCUCAUUGAGGAACCCUUUGGUCCUAUGACACCUUCAACUGGUCAUCCCUUCAAGGCGCUGUUCCGUCGUCACUGGAUCACUCGCCAGAACUGGACCAAGGGCAGGGCCAAGCACAUCCAGUUUAGAGGACACAGUGACCGUGUCGUCACCUGUCUACAGUUUGAUUCAGAGAAGAUCAUCUCUGGUUAUGAUGAUCAGUCGAUCCAUGUCUACGACACUGUAACCGGAAACCGCCUCAAGAAGUUGGACGGUCACGAGGGAGGUGUUUGGGCUUUACAAUACCGCGGCAACACGCUCGUCUCUGGAGCGACCGACAGGACUGUUCGCGUCUGGGACAUCGAGAAGGGCAUCUGCACGCAUGUCUUCCGUGGCCACACUUCGACUGUCCGAUGCCUGCAGAUUGUUAUGCCCGUGAACGUCAACAAGGACCCCCAUGGCGUUCCCAAGUACGAGCCUGAGUUCCCUGUGAUCGUAACGGGGUCGCGCGACUCGACCUUGUUGGUUUGGCGCCUUCCUGACCCUGAGUUGAACGGUCACAUGUCGCCCACUGAUAGUAGGUGGCUCCUGCAUACCUUGAGUGGACACGUCCAGUCGGUGCGUGCUCUGGCAGCAGAGGGCAGUACCCUUGUGUCGGGUUCAUACGACUGCACGGUCCGCGUUUGGAACAUUGUAACGGGAACAUUGGUCCACCGUCUCCAGGGUCAUGCUCAAAAGGUGUACUCUGUUGUCCUGGACAAGGAGCGUAACCAGUGCAUGAGUGGAAGCAUGGACUCGUAUGUCCGUAUUUGGUCUUUGGAGGAUGGAUCUUGCCUGCAUGUUCUCGAAGGCCACGCGGCAUUGGUCGGCUUGCUGGGACUGAAUGCCAAUCAUUUGGUGUCUGCUGCAGCUGAUUGCACGGUCAGGAUCUGGGACCCAGCCCGUGGUGUCUGUCUGAGGGUUCUUGCAGCGCAUUCAGCUGCGAUUACUUGCUUCCAGCACGAUGGCACCAAGGUCAUUUCUGGGUCGGAUGGAAACUUGAAGAUGUGGGAUUUCAACACUGGCAAAUUUGUCCGCAACCUGUUGACGGGACUGGGAAGUGUCUGGCAGGUCAAGUUUGACGAACGUCGAUGUGUCGCUGCCGUCCAACGUGCUGCCGCCAAUGGCGCCAACGUCCCCAACGGCCUCACCUACUUUGAGGUACUGGAUUAUGGAGUGUACGGAAUUGAGGAACCGUUUGAGAAUGCCCCAGCUCUGCCGGUGGAUGAUGUCGCUGGAGGAGUAGGAGUACCGGCAGGUGGGGCUGGCGCUGCAGCGGCGGCCGCAGGUGCUGGGGCUGGUGGUGCAGCUGCUGGAGCUGGUGUUGCAGGCGCUGGACUUCCUGCAAUUGCUGGCCCCCCUGGUCAAGCUGCUGCAUAA